UGUUCAGGGCAAAAUGGCGACGGGGAACUGUGAUGCUGUGAACAUGGACCCUGAUUUGGACCUGCUGAGUGACGAGGAAUUAGAAAGGGAAGCGGAGGGCUUCAAAGAGCAAGGCAAUGCCUUUUACAUCAAGAAGGAUUAUGCAGAAGCAUUUAAUUAUUACACCAAGGCCAUAGACAUGUGUCCGAAGAACGCAAGUUACUAUGGAAACCGGGCAGCCACACUUAUGAUGUUGUGUCGGCACAGAGAGGCGUUGGAAGAUUCCCAACAAGCAGUCCGGCUAGAUAACUCCUUCACGAAGGGCCAUCUGCGGGAGGGCAAGUGCCACCUGUCCCUUGGUAAUGCUAUGGCUGCCAGCCGCUGUUUCCAGAGGGUUCUGGAGCUGGAGCCUGACAGCAGCCAAGCCCAGCAGGAGCUGAAAACUGCAGACUCGAUCCUGGAAUACGAGAGAAUGGCCGAGAUUGGAUUUGAGAAGAGAGACUUCAGGAUGGUUGUUUUUUGCAUGGAUCGGGCCUUGGAGUCAGCCGUAGCCUGUCACAGGUUCAAGAUACUGAAGGCAGAGUGCUUAGCCCUGCUGGGACGCUACCCUGAGGCUCAGUCUGUAGCCAGUGAUAUUCUGCGAAUGGACUCCACUAAUGCAGACGCUCUGUAUGUGCGUGGUCUCUGCCUGUAUUAUGAGGACUGCAUUGACAAGGCGGUCCAGUUCUUCGUCCAGGCCUUGCGUAUGGCUCCUGACCACGACAAGGCUCGGCUCGCAUGCAGAAAUGCUAAAGCACUAAAAGCAAAGAAGGAGGAGGGGAACAAGUCGUUCAAGGAAGGUAACUUUGAUGCAGCCUAUGAGCUCUACUCGGAGGCGUUAACAAUAGACCCCAACAACAUCAAGACCAACGCAAAGCUGUUCUGUAACAGGGCUACUGUUGGGUCAAAGCUGAAGAAACUAGAUCAGGCCAUUGAAGACUGCACAAAGGCUGUAAAACUGGAUGAGACCUACAUCAAGGCCUAUUUACGGAGAGCACAGUGCUACAUGGACACAGAGCAGUAUGAAGAGGCAGUGCGAGACUAUGAGAAGGUUUAUCAGACAGAGAAGACAAAAGAACACAAGCACCUUCUAAAACAUGCUCAGCUUGAGCUGAAGAAAAGCAAACGGAAAGAUUACUACAAAGUGCUCGGGGUGGAUAAGAACGCCACAGAAGAUGAGAUCAAGAAAGCCUAUCGCAAACGUGCACUUUUACAUCAUCCAGACCGUCACAGCGGCGCUAGUCCCGAGAUGCAGAAGGAAGAGGAGAAGAAGUUCAAGGAGGUGGGCGAGGCUUUCAGCGUGCUUUCAGACCCUAAGAAGAAGUCUCGCUAUGACAGCGGUCAGGAUCUGGAGGAUGAUGGCAUGAACAUGGGAGAUUUUGAUGCCAACAACAUUUUCAAGGCCUUCUUUGGAGGCCCAGGAGGUUUCAGUUUUGAAGCAUCUGGACCAGGAAAUUUCUUCUUUCAGUUCGGUUAAUACGAAGAUUCUUCCACCUACAUGUUACCACAUCAGGACUUUUCAACAAUGUCAACCCCCUGACCCACCAUCCAUAUUUAAUGACUGACUUAUUGCAAGUCAGAUUCUUGUCUAUGCCAUUGACUGAAUGAAUGCAAACCAAAUGACCACACGCAGCACAUCCCGCAUAGCAAUGACACCAGGACGGCUCUGGCUGAGUUGAUAGUGUUACUGGUUUUGGAUUUGGUUUUCUUCUUUGCAGGAGAAAACAAACUUGAAAGUCAGUAAUGGCUAGUGACUGGUCCAAAUGGUCUCUUCUGUUUGAGAAAGGAGAGAUUGUGCAGCUAUUGUAUCAGAGCUUAUAGGGAGCCAUGCAGGAAGUGACACCCAUGGGGAAACUCUUGAGAUGCAACUUAGCAAGCUAUUACCCAGCUCGUCUCAACUUACUGCUGAGGAAGGUUUCCCUGCAUGAAAGUUUGUCACUUGCUUAAUGAUUUCUGAAGAAAAUCACUGAGCAAGCAGCAUAUCUCCCUCUUGUUGAAGAAUUUUUCAGACAAAAAGUUGGCUGCUAUGAAUCCACACUGACAACUGCAUCUUUGUCAUAAGCAAAUAGGAGUCUUUUUUUUUUUGGUUAUUUUUACAGCUGGAGCACAGUAGAAAGACAGCAGUGGAGACCGCUGCUGUCUUUAUAACCUGCAAAGUCCACUUCCCUCUCUUUGUCACAAGUUUUAUGUUUGAUGUUGCCAUUCACAGAUUGCUGCAUUGUACAUUUUACUGGAAUGUAAAGUGUUGAUUUGUGAUGAUAGUUGAAUAUUUUUUCCAUUUUUUUUUUUUUUUUUUGAUAUGUAUAUUUAUUGUAAAUUUGCUGUCUGGUGUUGGUGUAAGAUGAGGACACUUUUCUUCUAUACAAAAAAAAAAAAGUUUCAAAGGAGGCAACAAGAAAGAACAUCCUUCGACACAAAUUAAGGAAGAAUAUUGUUUUUCUUGAUCUGCAUGAACUUUUGCACAGGAAAACAUGUGCUAUGUGUGUGUGAUUAUAACGCAGGCUGGCUUAUUUUACUCUUUGCAACAGGGGGACAUAAGAAUAGAACAAAUAUGACAUUUAAUGUGUUUGCUGUUAUCAGAGGUGAGGCACUGUGUGGGAUGAUGGAAACGUGGAUGGUUCAGUUAACUCCUGAUGAGUGUGUUGCUCUCCUGGUGCACUACAUGAAGCAAAGUGUCCUCAUCUUUGCUCAUCGUUUUUGCCCUUCUGGUGAAACCAUCCUCCCUUUUACCCUUGAAAAGUACCAGCCAUGUCAAUAAAGUUGGCCUCCUUUGGGUUUCCCCUUAA